AUGCAGAUAUCAAACUGCAGAGAACUAGGGUUUCUGGGUCUUGCAGAUACUGGGAUUUCGGGCCAAAUUCCGUACAGUUUGGGAGAGUUGCAGAAUCUCAAGACUCUAUCAGUUUACACAGCAAAUCUCACAGGAGAGAUUCCUCCUGAAAUUGGCAAUUGUUCUGCCUGGAGGACUUAUUUGUUUAUGGAAAUCAAAUUUCUGAAUCAGCUCAAUGGGAUCAUCCCGUACGAGCUGGCUGAGUGUGAGAAGCUUCAGGAGAUUGACCUCUCACACAAUUUUCUUACUGGAUCAGUUCCAAGGGCCCUUUUCAACCUCAAGAACUUGACCAAAUUACUGUUGAUAUCAAAUGAACUCUCUAAAGGACUUCCAGCUGCUAUUGGCAAUUGCACCAGAUUGACCCGGUUAUUUCACUGGAGAAAUCCCUUCCGAGAUUGGCGACUAUGCUCAGCUAGAAAUUGUUAUUUGAAUGCUAAUAAGCUCCAAGGCAAGAUCCCUACCUCCUUCCAAUUUCUUGUAAAACUCAAUGUUUUAGACCUCUCCAUGAACAGAAUCACAGGCACCAUGCCUCAGAAAUUUGGCGAUCUCAAAUCGCUGAACAAACUCAUAUUGAGUGGGAACUACAUUACUAGUACAAUUCCUAAAUCACUAGGUUUUCUUCCUGAUACUAAGUUCUUUCAAGAUCUCCCAGCCAGCUACUUCCUUGGUAAUCCAAAGCUUUGCAUUGACAGGAGCCAAUGUCAAAAGGAGAAGAAAUCCCCAAAGAAUCUCGUUGUUCUAAUUGUUCUAAACAUGACUGUAGCUAUAAUAAUGGGUUGCUCAGGAGUGGUCUACCGCAUUGAGACCCCAUCAUGCCAGGUUAUUGCAGUGAAGAAGUUGUGGCCUAUCAGAACUCAAGGUGAGAUUCCAGAACAAGACUUGUUCACUGCAGAAGUUACAACACUUGGAUCAAUCAGGCACAAAAAUAUUGUGAGGCUUCUGGGGUGUUGUAGUAACGGGAAGACUAGAUUGCUCUUGUUUGAUUAUAUCAGUAAUGGAAGUUUAGGAGGACUGCUCCACAAGAAGAGGAUAUUCCUGGACUGGGAUGCAAGGUAUAAGAUUGUAUUGGGAGCUGCCCGUGGCUUGGCUUAUCUUCACCAUGACUGCUUUCCUCCCAUUGUUCACUGUGAUAUCAAGGCCAAUAACAUCUUGGUGGGACCACAGUUUGAAGUAUUUCUGGCAGAUUUUGGGCUAGCAAAGCUUGACAGUGCUUCAGAAUGUUCUAGAGUUUCAAAUACAGUAGCAGGUUCUUACGGGUAUAUAGCUCCUGAGAAUGUUUCUAGUCAACAAUUUUUUAGAGCUAUUAGAGAAUUUAGUGCUAGUGAGAUGGCCAUUAUUAUGUUUUUACGGUUGACUGAUAGGCGUAGGAGAGAAUGGCUUGAUACUCUUAGGGAUUCUUAA